AACGUGGUCCACUCUUUACGUUAAGUUACCUUAUCUAUUCUAUACUAUCAAAUUGUUAUUUGUGCACAAAACUUUGCCAUGCUCAACCCCAACCUAACCAACCAUCAUCCAUGGCCAUGACCAUGAGCUUACCAUCUCCAACCUCAACCACACUCAAACAUAAUAACAACAACAACUUUUGCUUCUUCCCAAACACUACAACAAACCAUCUCACUUUCAUCAAGAAUAAUAAUUAUAACAACAACUUAACCUUAAGGUGCAAAUGCAAUGCAUUAUUUGGAGUUGGAGAUAUCCCUCAACAAUUGGAAGAGGUUCUCCAUUUGGAUUUGGACCAAACUUACUAUUACUUGGAAUUAGAGAGGAUUACAAAGGAUUUGUCAGAAACUCAAAAAUGGGGUUUUGUUGUUUUUGCUGGAAUCAUUUGGAUUUACUUGACUGCAAGGCCUGGUGUGCUUUUGGGUGCCAUUGAUUCUUACCUUCUUGCUCCUCUUCAAUUGGGUUUCAAUAGUUUGAUUGGGAGAAGAAAUUUGAAGAGGACUGAUUUUGUUGUGGGUGAGAAAUUGGGUGAAGGGUCUUUUGGGGUUGUUUAUGCUGGUGCUGUUGUACCUAAAAAUGUUACUCUUGAAAAAAAGAGGGGUAAAGCUAAAACAAACAGGUUGGAUAGUAGGUUCAAGGAAAAAGUCAUUCUUAAAAUGGUAAAAGUUGGAGUGAAAGGGGCUGAUGAGUGUGCUGAUUUUGAAGAAUGGUUUAACUAUAGACUCUCAAGAGCAGCACCUGAAACAUGUGCUGAAUUUCUUGGCAGUUUUGUUUCUGACAAAACCAAUUCUCAGUUCACAAAAGGUGGGAAAUGGCUUGUUUGGAAAUUUGAGGGUGAUCAAAGUCUGUUGGAUUACAUGAGGGAGAGAAACUUUCCAUUCAACUUAGAAUCUGUCAUGUUUGGACAAGUUUUGCAAGGAGUGGACUCAGUAAAACGCAGUGCAUUGAUAAUCAAGCAAAUUAUGCGUCAAAUUAUUACUUCCUUAAAGAAAAUCCAUGACACCGGCAUUGUUCAUCGCGAUGUAAAGCCAGCUAACUUAGUGGUAACGAAACGAGGACAGAUUAAGCUCAUAGAUUUCGGUGCUGCAACAGAUCUUAGAAUAGGCAAAAAUUAUGUCCCUAAUCGCGGCCUCCUUGAUCCUGAUUAUUGUCCUCCUGAGUUAUAUGUCAUGCCGGAGGAGACACCGAGUCCUCCUCCUGAGCCUAUUGCAGCCUUACUUUCUCCUUUUCUUUGGCAGCUGAAUAGUCCUGAUCUGUUUGAUAUGUACUCUGCUGGAAUUGUACUGAUGCAAAUGGCAGUACCAACAUUAAGGUCAUCAGCUGGCUUAAAGAACUUCAAUUCCGAGCUAAAAACAUUCAACUAUGAUUUAAUCCGAUGGAGAGAAUACACUCGUCGAUUGCCUGAUUUAACGAUUCUUGAUCUUGAUUCGGGUCGAGGUUGGGAUCUAGCAACAAAACUAAUCUCCGAAAGAGGAGGAUACCUUAAAAGAGGGCGAUUAUCGGCUUCUGCUGCAUUGAGGCAUCCUUAUUUCUUGUUGGGUGGUGAUCAAGCAGCUGCUGUUCUUUCAAAGUUGAGCUUUAGCAAAGACUGAAUAUGAUAUGGUACAGAUGAGUACAUUAUUACAUUACAUUGCAUAUAUACAUAAAUUAUACACUUUUCAAUUCUUUAAUUAAUUAUUGUAGCUCUUGCAUAUGUGAUUUCAAGAGAUCAAAGUGUACUUUUGAGUUCAGCUAAUAAAUAUAUAAUGAAAAAUAGCUGAUGAAAGCUUUGAUAAUAUAGUGAGGAAAUUUAAACUAA